GGAAAACAAGUGACAGCGUUCGCGUAAUGGCGUCCGAUUAAUCACUAAACUUUGCGACCGAUUGGAAAAACGGUAACUUUCAUUUACCUUGCAUUUCAGUUUUGAGAUGGGUAAUUUGCUCAGGCUACUGACCCGAGAGGAACUGCCAAAGCCAGACAUAUUUGUCGAUUUCGAAAAUGCUGCGCCUACAGAGAUUGAGCGAGAGACUUUCUACGUGGUGGACGCGGUACUGCGGCAUGCUGACACAGUACUGCUAGACCUGCAGCAGUACAAGGGUGCCAUCAAUGAAAUACGAGAGGCAAUAGCGAAACCGACGGAUGAAGGCCACCAGGACAGGGCAUGGCAGAAAGUUCUUCCUCUCGUCUCGCGUCUAAAGAACUACUAUGAGUUCUCUCUGAAGCUAGAGGUUGUUGUUCCGAGGCUACUAUGGGAUCUGUGCAGUGGGUCACUGACGCCACACGAACAUCUUGAGCAGCAGCAGGCUCUAGCCAAACAGUUCGCCGAGAUCAUCCACUUCACACUGAAAUUCGAUGACCUAAAGAUGAGAAAUCCUGCUGUGCAGAAUGACUUCAGCUACUACCGACGUACCGUGAGCCGAUCACGCAUGACCAACAUUGAUGCGACCGAUGAUGAGGAGUAUGAGGUGAACAACGAGCUGGCCAAUAAGAUGUCUCUGUUCUACGCGCAGGCGACGCCCAUGCUGCGCACUCUCAGUGACAUCAUGACCAAGUUUGUGUCAGAGAACAAAGACCUGCCGAUCGAGAACACGACCGACUGUCUAAGCACGAUGGCAGCCAUCUGUCGGCGCAUGAUAGAGAAUCCGGAGUUCUGUGCGCGGUUUAAGAAUGAGGACACGGUGUCGUUCUGUCUGCGGGUCAUGGUUGGGGUCAUCAUCCUCUACGACCACGUGCAUCCUGUCGGAGCCUUCUCCAAGAACUCCUGCAUCGACGUGAGACAAAUUGCAUAUCAUUAACAUUACUUAACAGCUAAUUAAGUAAUUAAUGAAGU